UACCAGAGCCGAAUAACGGAUCUUAGGACCGAACUUGUGUUAAACGUGAUUUCGUACUUUUACCAUACAUUCUUUAGUUUUCGAUCUGAUCAAAUAAGUGUUCGUUUUAACUUUUAACCAAUUAUAAAAGAUAACUAUCUGGGAGCAAUGCAAAUGGCUGAAGCUAAGCAAGAAAAUGGCGCUGGCGCCCUGAAAAUUACCACAGGCUCGGGACUGGGACCCGAGCAGCCCCCGCGCCAUCACUUGGAUCUGCCCAAGGAGGAGCAGGUGGAAGAAGUGCUGACCCCCGCGGAGAAGGGCAAGUUCGAGUAUCCGCCGCCGCCACCGCCACCGACUCCUGUGCAGGCUCCGCCGCCGACCAAAGCCGUCGCUCCGCCAGUGGUUCCGUUAGAACAUGACGACGACGAGGCAAAUUCGGAGAAGUGGGAGGAUCCCUGCGCACCACCGCCGCCACCACCCCUGCCUACCAAUGCUUUCCUGUCAACAGGACUCGGCAUUCUGAAGCUGCCCGCUUUCAAGCUGAAGGAUGCCCUCGAGAAGGCCAUUACCAAGCUUGAGGCAAACAGACGGUUCCCCAAAAUCAGCAGCCGUGAGUCAUCUCCAUAUUUCUCGGAAACCGCCGACCAUGUAGAGGUCAUGGAAAUGCUGCCUAGAUAUUCGAAUCUAGAAACAAUAGGCAAUGGCCCUUCCGCCAUGUCCAUGGCCCUGAUAUUACACCCCAAGACCAAGAAGCCGGCUGUGAUUGUACAACUGGAGAGGCGUUUAAAGAUCGUCUACCGGCUUGCCAAGCUGAAUCGAGUCCUGACAGCGAUUUCACGAGAAGCAAUACCGUUGCCGGCUGCCUCAAAGCCUCACGAAGACGAGGGCCUAGCUCUGCAGGUGCUCUCGGCUCGGGCAUCUACGCCAUAUACGCAGCCCUCCAGUAUGUUGUCGUGCACAGCGGUGAGCUGCGAUUUGGAGCACGACUCACCGAAGAAGCUUGCUCAUCCGGGUCAGCAGACCCACCAGCUGCAGCAGAAUCGGGCUCCCAGUGCUGCUGUCCACAAGCUUCCGGCUCUGCGUGCUCCCAAAGUUGCUCGCCCUCCAACGGCCCCUCUAGCUAGCUGCAAUCCCAUUAAGCACUAUGCACGUUCUCAUUUGCUGGACAUACGCAACGGGAUGUUCAAUGCCUUGAUGCACCGCUCCAAGGAAAACUUCGUAAUGCCCCGCAUCGCCACUUGCGAUGAUAUAGAAUUGGAGGCCCGCUUGCGACGUAUGAAUCUGUGGCGUACUUCGGACGGCACUCGCUUCAGGCCUCGACCCAGCACCAACGGCUUGGCUAUGAACAACAAUAACAACGAAUGCAUGCCAGCGUUUUACAAGAACAAAGCGAAGCCACAGAUGAUUAGUGACGAGUCUAUCAUCCAGAGUCAGCCACCUCAGCCCCAAACGGAAUUCCAGGAUCCAGCGAUUGUUAACCAAAGACGUAUCGGAAGCGGACGCUUCAACCAUUCCAAAUGGGGAUCCAACGCAGGCGAUUACCACCAUUCUGUGACUUCUUACCACAACGGCAAACCGCCCAUGGAUGAGCUGAAGAAUGUCAAGCACCAGAGCGGCAACAGCAACAUGACGGUCCUGCAAUUCUUCGAUAAUGGAGACAUAAGCAGCAGCCAGAUGGGGAGACCAAACACUCCCGUAAUGGGCAUGUCAAACAACAAUCGCGGGGAGAACGAGACGCUAAAGUCUAACGAGUCCAGCGAAGACUUGAGCAGGGCCAACGAAAACUAUGUAAAGCGCGUUAUGUCCGGCUUUCUGGUUGUGUCAAAGCCAAAGUCCCGCGAUAUGGAGGAGAAACAUCAUCGGCGGUACAGGAACCAGAGCGAAGAGCCCGAGUGGUUUAGCUGUGGUCCAACCUCUCGGCUGGAUACCAUCGAGCUGUGCGGCUUUGACGAGGACGAAGAGAGAAUGCUCAAGGAGGGAAGCGGUAGGGAUGCAGAGCGAGAGAUGACCCAAAAGCAUAAGGUGGAUAGCAACAAGUACAAGUGGACGCCAUCGGAGCCCAUGGGGCGUCAUAAAUUCAUGGCCAAGCACGACAGCAACAAUAACCAGAAUGUGGAAAAUAUGAACAAAGUUCCAGCUAUUGGCGAUCAUCAUCAACAUCAUCAGAAGGAGGAGAAACGUUCACUCGGCGGCGGCAUCCGCUCAUUUCAGUUUGAUAAAUUCAAUCAAAGUCAGCAGACCUUUGAAAAUGGCACCGGCAACUAUGUAAAUCAGCAACAGCAGCACACCAAUCCUAAUAAUUCCAAAUUCAUGUCGUUCUUUUCUCGAGAGAAAAACUCCUCCUCAUCGUCACUUAACGAAUUCUUUAAGCAGGCGAUGAACAACCAAGGUCAUGCCAACAACAACAACAAUAAUCUAGAUCAGCAGCCCAAGUCGUUGGGACACAUGGGCCAUGAGAUGCCAUCGGUGGAGCAACUGGAGGCCAAAUGGCGUCGCAACUCGCUUACCUCUGGCGCAGAGUCUGCCCACAAGCAUAAUAAUGAUAACUUCCAAAAGUUAAUUGGCUCUCUAAGCGCCACUAAGCCGCAGCAAGCCGUUGUUCAGUCGCAGCCAGUGGUUGGCAAUGAUGCCAUAUCCAACUUUAUCAUCCAGCAGCAGCAGUACCAGCAGCAGCAGCAGAAGCAGCAUGUCCUGAUCCAGCAACAGCAGCAGCAGACUGCAUUCCUGGCGGGCCUGCAGCUAAAGGCGAUCCUCGGCAGGGCCGACACCCAACUGCUGCUUUUGCGUCUGACCAAAGGUGAGAUCUCGAAGCACGGACUACUCGUACAAUUGGCCAAUCCUCGCCUGCCGAGCAUGGAUCGCGAGGCUAUCACCGCUGUGCUGCAGUUCACCAAUACCCAACAACAACAGCAGCAGCACCAACAGCAGCUGGAUAUGCUCUCGAGCACCGUUAUUGCUAGCCAGUUGCAGAAUCUGCACAACCUGGCUAUUGUACAGCAAACAUUGGCUGCCAGGCAACAGCAACAACAGCAGCAGCCGCAGCCACCCCAGCAAUUGUCGCAAGAGGACCUGCAGGCCCAUGCCAAUGUUAUAAUGCGAAAUGCAGUGAUGAAGCGCAAAAUGGAGGAGCAGACUUCAAAGUUGAUUAAUGGCGGUGGUGGUGCCAAGCAGCAUCAGCAAAUAUCUCGUGGUGGCCAACAGCAGCAGCAACGCCAUGCUGCUCGACAGGAUGCCGUUGCCUCCAAUGCCCUCUUGCAUGCCCUGAUUUCUGGUACUGCCAACAAUCAGGCUGCUGGACAUCUCACGGCACCGGGGCAGCAGCAGGUCCAUCGACGUGGCGCUGCUGCUGACACAAACUUGCGAUUUGCAGAAAACCAGCAUUUCCAAACAGCUGCUGAUCCCAGUUUGUCUCACUUCCAAUCGCAGUAUAAGCAGUAUCAGCAACAGCAACCGAAUAUUCGUCACCAGAACAACAACAAUGGAGCCGGAAACAAUAUCUUCAGCAAGUCCCAAAUGCAGUCUCAACCGACGAUGGCAAUGCUGCCUAAUGGCGGAGAUGAGUUUCAUUAACGGCCUAAAGAAGUUCGCCACAACGACUGUCGGUCUCAUGGCUAUCGGCGUCGGAUCCACCGCUCUCAUCUACACCACCCAUCGCCUACUUAUU